AUGCCCCCGCGAUUAAGUAAAUUUUCUAUCUCCGCUAGUUGUGUUGACUACGUUCAUCCGUGGACUAAUUCAUGUGUCAGUGCAACUGCAGGCCUCGGUCUUCACGCCUUACAAGAAUCUUUAAGAAUUUAUUCAACAGUUUAUUUUGUAACGUUGUUGAUGAGAGGAAGAAUUCCUACAAAAGAUGACAUCAAACGUACUAUCCUUGGAGUUCUACAAUCAACAGCUUUUCUGUCUUGGAGUGCUUUUGCGUAUUCAAUGUUUCUUUGCUCGCUUAGGCGAGCCUCUGGGAGUUUCAACAUUCUCACCGUAUCGUUCCUUCCGUCUUUUAUAUCCAGUCUUGCCGCCAUUAUCAUCGAAAGACCGUCUAGAAGAACACUUCUUUGUUUAUACGUAUCAAACAUAGCAACGGAAACCUUGUUCAAAAUGGGUGUAUGGCGAGGCUACUUUUCGAUAAUUCCCGGUGGAGAACUCUACAUUUUUGCUACUAGUAUGGCAAUGUUACUAUAUUAUUUUCGUAGUCACAAAAACCAACAAGAUUCCAUAUUUAGAAUUAUGCAAUUUGUCGUCGGACCCUAUGAGAAAUUCAGUUACGAGAAUGAAAAGACUUCACGGUCAGUAAGCAUGGUGUCUUACGAGUACGAACCAGAAUAUCAUGAAGAAAGCAGAUCCAAGAAUCAACUAUUAAGAGCUUUCCAACAGGCCUUUGAUGUGUAUAAAUAUAUGAUUGGAAAACUAAAAGCCCAGAACAGGCAUUCAUCCUGUCAGCAUCCCUUCAGCUGUAGUCACUACAUUUUGUCAGGAAGCAGCAAGCUGUUUGGGAUUGGGAUCAGUAUUCAGCUAGUCUUUAAAUUGAUAUUUCAAUUGAAAAGAAUGUUGAGUAAACCGAAAAUAAUUAAGCAAAUAAUUUUUAAAAGAGAAAACUUAUACUUGGGGAUGUUUGUUGGAGGAUUUGUAGCGAUAUACAGGAUUUUGUCCUGUUCAUUAAGAAGAGUUUUUGGAAAAGAUUCAAAAUACUUUGCAAUUCCUGCUGGCCUUGCGGCAAGCAUAACUUUCUCUAUGUAUCCAGAUAACACAAUCGCUCUAUAUGUAAUGUGGAAGGCACUUCAGAUACUGUGGAAUAGCGGUGUAGAUGCCGGGAAGGUACCCGAAGUUAAGUGGUUUGUGAUCAUUCUUUAUUGCUUCAGUACAGCAAUUCUAUUUCACGCAGCUAUUAUCGAACCACAGAAUUUAAGACCAUCAUAUUGGAAGUUUCUGCACAACUUAUCCGGUGGAAGGAUAGCCGCAAUGGCUAGGUGGCCCUUAGACCAGUUUGGCCUUGAUACAAGUGCAUCUCUCGAGGAGGUUCUCAGAAAGACUAAUACAAUUGAUCGAAUCAGUUAUUCAUUUUAACGGAAAUUAAAUUUUAGUUGAAUGGAUAGUUGAUCGUCCAAUUCCAGUGACUACCAGUAGUAGACUGCAGAAGGAUUUCUUAUUGUGCGGUUUUAUUCUGUUCAGCCAUAGGUAUGAACCCAGCAAUAAGGAAUUAUCUGCAGUACCUAUAAACAGUACAUGUUAGAUGACUCGCAUACCAUACCCCUAUCUGGGUAUAAUUCAAGUGAUGGAAAGGAACGUGAAAUAUCCCAGGUUAUUGGGAGAGUUCCGAUGGUCGUGUAGAACCAACAGUGCCUGUAUUCGUUAACUCGAGAUAGGAUUUUUUUGAUACAUUACAAUCAUGGUAUGUGUAUUAGGACAUACCUUUAGAUAUAAGCGACUUGUUUAUUCGACUAUUGUUCGUUGUGCAUCCAAGCUAUUCUUCAGCAAUCGUGUACCUGUAUUUUAGAUUUUUUAUCAGGUGAGAUGUUUUUUGUCGCAACAUUUUAUGAUAUCAUAUUUGAACAUGAGGAAGGGAGUUUUAGCAGUGGUGCUAUAUCACUGGGAAACCUGUUACCUGCUGAAGAAAAUAAGUUUUCUUCCUUUUCUCAUGUUAACCAAUAGUGACAAUCUGUUUCCUUGGGUGCCUAGCCGAAUUGUAUCAUGUAAUCAUUACUUCUACUCAAUUGUGGACAGUAAAGAAACUUUGUUACCUAUUUAUUUGUUACAUAUCAGGAAAUUGUUCAUAUAUACAUACAUAUAUGGGUACAUAUGCUAUGUGUACACGCACAACGCACACGGACAAAAUAUGCUAUAGUAAAUAUACAAGUAUGUAUAUAGAU